AGGGGUCAAAUUAGUCUAGGUUCAAGGAACAAACUGGAAUGUUUAUCUGAUAACGUACGGCUGAGCUCUCAUUUCAGUAAGACGCGUGUUUGUAUCCGUCUCCUUUGCGAUGAGUCUCUUGCUAGUACGCUGCAAUCUUUCAUUUGGAUCCAUCGAUCUCUUUCGCAAUGAAUCCCUUGCUCGCGAUCGCUCUGGGCGUCCCGGCACUCACAGUGCUCUUCUACCUGUGCAAUCGCCUCCACUUGGCCAGGAGCGCGAAACUGGACGAAGAAGCCAGGAGCAUUCUAAUGGCACAGCCCCGUGAGCACGCUCCAUAUCCAAGGCAAGCGCAGUUCUACCAAGAAGAAUGGACUGACGAGGAAGACGAUGAUUUUGAGGGAGCUGGGCCACUACAAACCUGUAUUCCAUCCAGGAUGUAUGUGAUCUCACCACAAGAACUUCAAUGUCGGUGUGGAUCUCUCGCAGCAACCAAAAGAGGCAAUGAAUGACGAGCAGGCAAUGGAUGAGCCGGGACGAGCUUUUGCUUCGUUUGCAGUCGUGCAGGGGUCUACGGGCAGCCGAGGCGCUCCACGCCCGCGCUCGAUCGAUCGCCCGCCCUGAGGAUACAUUCCUCCUCAACCAUGUCAUCCAGAUGUUUGGCAACUGCGGCGCCGCCUACCAAGCACGGCUCGUCUUCGAUGCCAUCGAGCCCAAGGAUUCCUUUUCCUGGGAUUUCAUGCUUAUUGCCUACUCACGCAGCUCCCGGUUGCCAGAGGCCAAGGCCUUGUUCGAUGCGAUGCCCGGGUGGAACCUCGUCUCCUGGAACGUUAUGCUGUGCCUGUAUGCCCAGAGUGGGCAUUUGGAGGGCGCAAAGAACCUCUUUGAUGGGAUGCAAAGCUACGACCUUAUAUCGUUAAAUGCCUUUAUGUCUGCUUACGCUAUCAAUGGCCACACUAUAAAGGCUAAAGAGCUGUUUGAUUCCAUGCCUUUAUGGGAUAUCGUAUCGUUUACAACCAUCUUUACGGCUUAUGCCCAGAGCAGGCAUCAUGGAAUCAGCGAUAUUUUGCUUGAUUUCAUGCCGGAGUGGGAUAUGGUGUCACUGACAACUGUGGUAUCAUCUAGCAAUGUUAAGGAUGCAGAGAGAGCAUUUGAUCAAAUGCAACAGACGGAUGUAGUCUCCUGGAACGCUCUUUUGACGGCAUAUGCCGAACAUGGUUACCUUUCCCGAUGUGAACGGACCUACUUACAAAUGCCUGAACACGAUACAGUAUCACACAAUGUUAUGUUGGCAGUGUACACGUCUUUUAGAUGCAUUGAAGAUGCAAAAUGCAUCUUUGACGCUAUUCCAGCGUUGAGCUUGGCAUCUUGGAACACACUUCUUGCCUCAUAUGCCCAAAGUGGGUAUCUGGAUGAUGCUGAACGUUUGCUGGAAAACAUGCCUGCUCCCGACUGCGUGUCGUGGACAGUAAUGCUUUGUGGCUAUACCCAGUACGGCCGCCUCCAUGACGCGCUUAUCCUCUUCCACGGAAUGCCCGAGCGCGAUCUCGUCUCUUGGAACGCAGUGUUGUGGGCAAUCACGCAGCACGGGGAUUUGGAUGCUGCGAGAAAGCUCUUUGACCAAUUUCCGACGACGAAUCUCGUGUCAUGGAGCACUCUCCUCACGGCAUACGCACAGAGGGGGCGUACCAAAGACGCGAUUCAGCUGUUUGAUGCGAUGAAGCUGUGCGAGGAGCCGGACGAGGUGUGCUUCGUUUCGGCGAUCUUGGCUUGCAGCCAUGACGGCAAGGUCCAUGCCGGGAGGGCGUGGUUCGUGUCCAUGGCCUUUGAUUUCGAGCUUGAGGCUACCAAGCAGCACUACUGCUGCAUGGUGGAUUUGCUCGCCCGGGGUGGCUAUUUGGACGACUCCAAGGAGCUCAUCCACGACAUGCCUUUUGUUCCCGAUUUCCUGGAGUGGACGUGCCUUCUGGGGGCCGCCAGGAGCAGCCCUCGCAAAGAAAGCUUGAGAGAAAUGCGAAGAGCGUUUGAUCUGGAGCCGGAGAGUGCUGCAUCGUAUGUGCUGGUGGCAAACGCUUCCACUCCAAUCAAGUGAAUUGUCACCAGAUGAUUUUGUUUCGCGAUCAACACCACUAGCAUGCUAUUCACCCCGGCUGCUUCAUGAGAAUGUUAACGCCCAGAGUGCAAUGUUGCAACUCCUUGGGAUCAGAGAUGGAGUUUGUCCUUGAGCUUGAGCUCGCCAUCUCAACACACACAUAUCUCUCUUUGUUCUCUAUGACUACAUCUUGCUGUCGAUUCAAGCAUUUACACAAAACAGGCAUUUUUAAAUACCAGCACAAUCUUA